AUGGUUGUCCGCCAGCGCCAGCGGAGGAGGCUGGCCCCGCUCUGGGCCCUGGCUCUCGCCCUGGCCUGCACCCAACACACAGGCCAUGCCCAGUUCGCUGCCUCGAAAUCCAGCUCUGAGUACUACCCGGACCUUCCUCCUGUCCAGCCAGGGCCAGGUGGUAACCCACUUGGUGGGGUGACCAUCUUCCCACCGAUGAAGGCUAUCCCUGUCGUACGAGCCCUGAACCCCGCACACAAUGGCCGGGUCUGCAGCACAUGGGGUGACUUCCACUACAAGACCUUCGACGGGGACAUCUUCCGCUUCCCUGGCCUCUGCAACUAUCUCUUCUCUUCCAACUGCCAUGCUGCCUACGAGGACUUCAACAUCCAGGUGCGCCACGGCCAGGGGGCCAAUGCCACCAUGCCCAGCAGGGUCGUCAUGAAGCUCAACGGCAUGGUCCUCGAGUUAACCAAGAGCUCUGUCCAGGUCAACGGCCACCUGGUCCAGCUGCCCUUCAGCCAGUCUGGUGUCCUCGUUGAGCGAAACAGCAUGUACCUGAAGGUGUCAUCCAGGCUGGGGCUGGUCUUCAUGUGGAAUCUGGACAAUAGUCUCUUGCUGGAGCUGGAUGACAAAUAUGCCAACCAGACCUGUGGACUGUGUGGGGAUUUCAACGGCCUCCCCGUCUUCAACGAGUUCCUCUCUAACAAUGUCAAGCUGACCCCCACCGAGUACGGGAACCUGCAGAAGCUGGAUGGGCCCAUGGAGCAGUGCCAGGACCCUGUCCCCGUGCCCCAGAAGAACUGCACAGCUGGCCUUGCGUUCUGCCAGGAGACGCUCCUUGGCCAGCCGUUCUCCGGCUGCCAUGCCUUGGUGGAUGCCAGAAGUUACAUCGAGGCCUGCCAGCAGGACGUCUGUCUCUGCACCGACGCCGACCCCAUCAGCUGUGCCUGCCCCACCCUCGCCGAGUACUCGAGACAGUGUGUGCAUGCUGGCGGGGUGCCCCAGGACUGGCGGACCCCUGACCUGUGCCCGGCCCAGGGGUGCCCCUUCAACAUGGAACACCGUGAGUGUGGCCUGCCCUGCGCCGACACCUGCUCCAACCUGGAGCAUGCCCAGUUGUGUGAGGACCAUUGCGUCAGUGGCUGCUUCUGUCCCGAAGGGAUGGUGUUUGAUGACAUUAACCAGAACGGCUGUGUCCCCACAACUCAGUGCUCCUGCAUGUACAAUGGGCUCUCCUACCCCCCUGGGGCCACCUACUCAACCGACUGUACCAACUGCACCUGCUCCGGAGGCCUCUGGAGUUGCCAGGAAACUCCCUGUCCAGGCACCUGCUCAGUGCUGGGGGGCUCCCACUUCACCACGUUUGACGAGAAGCAAUACACGGUGCAUGGGGACUGCAGUUACUUGCUGGCCAAGCCCUGCGAUGACACUACCUUCACCGUGUUGGCCGAGCUGCGCAAGUGUGGGCUGACAGACAGUGAGACCUGCUUGAAGAGCGUGACGCUGAAUCUGGGCAGUGGGCAGACGGUCAUUGUGGUCAAGGCCAGCGGCGAGGUGUUUGUGAACCAGAUCUACACCCAGCUGCCCAUCUCUGCAGCCAACGUCACCCUCUUCAGGCCUUCCACCUUCUUCCUCAUCGCCCAGACCAACCUGGGCCUGCAGCUGGACAUUCAGCUCGUUCCCACCAUGCAGGUCUUCCUGAGACUGAUGCCUGCAUUCCGGGGCCUAACCUGCGGUCUCUGUGGAAACUUCAACAGUGUCCAGGCAGACGACUUCCGGACCAUAAGUGGGGUGGUGGAGGGCACAGCUGCUGCCUUCUUCAAUACCUGGAAGACCCAGGCUGCCUGCCCCAAUGUCAAAAACAACUUCGAGGACCCCUGCUCCCUCAGUGUGGAGAACGAGAAGUACGCCCAGUACUGGUGUUCACGGCUGACGGACGCUGAUGGACCCUUUGCCCGCUGCCACGCCGCUGUGAACCCUGCCACCUACUACUCAAACUGCAUGUUCGACACGUGCAACUGCGAGAAGAGUGAGGACUGUCUGUGUGCCGCAUUGUCCGCCUACGUGCGCGCAUGCGCUGCCAAGGGCGUGCUGCUGAACGGCUGGAGGGAGGGUGUGUGCGGGAAGCCAGAAACCACCUGCCCCAAGUCGAUGAUCUACUCUGAUAACGUCAGAACGUGCCAGCCCACCUGUCGCUCCCUGAGUGAGGAAGACGUCACCUGCCGCAUCAGCUUUGUGCCCGGGGAUGGCUGCAUCUGUGCCAAGGGAACUUUUCUGGAUGACUCGGGCAAGUGUGUGCCAGCGGCCAGCUGCCCCUGCUACUACCGAGGCUCCGCUAUUCCCAGUGGCGAGUCUGUGCACGAUGCUGGGGCCAUCUGCACCUGCACCCAAGGGAAGCUGACCUGCAUUGGAGGCCACACACCCACCCCAGUCUGCACUGCACCCAUGGUGUACUUUGACUGCCAGAAUGCCACAGCUGGAGCUAUCGGGGCCGGCUGUCAGAAGAGCUGCCACACCCUGGACAUGGCAUGUUACGGCUCCCAGUGUGUCUCUGGCUGCGUGUGCCCUGAAGGACUAGUAUCAGAUGGAGAGGGAGGCUGCAUUGCGGCAGCUAACUGUCCCUGCAUGCACAAUGAGGCCAGCUACAAAGCUGGCCAGACCAUCUGGGUUGGCUGCAACACCUGCACCUGUAAGAACAGGAUGUGGCAGUGCACGCAGGAGCCCUGCCUGGCCACUUGCGCUGUGUAUGGAGAUGGCCACUACCUCACCUUUGAUGGGCAGCGCUUCAGCUUUGACGGAGACUGCGAGUACACGCUGGUGCAGGACCACUGCGGUGGAAGCAGCAGUGCCCCGGGCUCCUUCCGUGUCGUCACUGAGAACAUUCCUUGUGGUACAACAGGGGCCACCUGCUCCAAGGCCAUCAAGAUUUUCCUGGGGAGCUAUGAGCUGAAGCUGAGCGGUGGGAAGGUGGAAGUGAUCGAGAAGGGGGCCGGGCAGGUGGCACCCUACUCCAUCCGCCAGAUGGGCAUCUACCUGGUGGUGGACACAGAUGUCGGCCUUGUGCUCCAGUGGGACAAGAAAACCAGUCUCUUCCUCAGACUCAGCCCCGAGUUUAAGGGGAAGGUGUGUGGGCUGUGUGGCAACUUCGAUGGCAAUGCCAUCAAUGACUUCACUACGCGGAGCCAGUCUGUGGUGGGCGACGUGCUGGAAUUCGGUAACAGCUGGAAGUUCAACCCAACCUGCCCAGACGCCCUCGCCCCCAGGGACCCCUGUACCGCCAACCCGUACCGCAAGUCUUGGGCCCAGAAGCAAUGCAGCAUUCUCCUUGGCACCACCUUUGCCACCUGCCACGCACACGUGGAACCCACCAAGUACUACGAAGCCUGCGUGAGCGACGCCUGCGCCUGCGAUUCAGGCGGGGACUGCGAGUGCUUCUGCACAGCCGUGGCCGCCUACGCCCAGGCCUGCCACGACGCCGGCGUGUGUGUGUCCUGGCGCAGCCCGGAAGUCUGCCCUUUGUUCUGUGACUACUACAACCCCCAAGGGGAGUGUGAAUGGCACUACCAGCCGUGCGGGGCACCCUGUAUGCGGACCUGCCGCAACCCCAGUGGGCGCUGCCUCCACAACCUACCCGGCCUGGAAGGCUGCUACCCUAAGUGCCCGCAAGAGACCCCCAUCUUUGACGAAGAUGAGAUGCAGUGUGUUGCCCAGUGCUCGACCCCCCCACCACCACCUCCCUGCCGUGUCCGGGGCAAGGACUACCGGCCCGGUGCCUCAGUGCCCUCUGACAAGAACUGCCAAGCCUGCAUUUGCACUGAGAACGGUGUGAAGUGUACCUACGAUGCUGAGGCCUGCGUCUGCACCUACAAUGGGCAACGCUUCCACCCUGGCGAGGUCAUCUACCACACAGCAGACGGCACAGGUUCCUGCAUCUCAGCCCGUUGCACAGCCAAUGGCACCAUUGAGAGGAAGGUCUAUGCCUGUGGUACCAGCCCUGUGCCCACCACCAUCUUCUCCUUCACCAUCUCCACCCCCCAUCUUCUCUCACCUGCAGUGAGGAGCACCUCUCAAACCCCAGUGAACGUGAUCACCAGCAAGAUCUCCUCAACAGCCCCAGGCACCUCCCCCACGUCCGCACCUGUCUCAGGCUGUGAGGAGCAGUGUCAGUGGACCCAUUGGCUGGAUGUCAGCCACCCAGGGCAGGGAGUGGACAGCGGGGACUUUGACACACUGCAGAACCUGCGUGCCCAUGGGUACCGAGUUUGCCAGGUGCCCAAGGAGGUGCAGUGCCGAGCUGAGGACAUGCCCGAUGUGCCACUGGAAGCCUUGGGGCAGCACGUGGAGUGCAGCCGGACCACAGGGCUGACCUGUUACAACAAAGAGCAAGCCUCAGGACUCUGUUAUAACUACCAGAUCCGUGUCCUGUGCUGCUCCCUGGUGUCCUGCCCCAGUCCCAGCAGCUCAACCCCUACCUCCACGUCCACCUCCAUGUCCACCCCAGGCACCUCCACGUCCACGUCCACAUCCACCCCCAUAUCCACCUCCACAUCCACCUCCAUGUCCACUCCAGUCACCUCCACACCCACGUCCACCUCCACAUCCACCUCCAUGUCCACCCCCAUGCCCACUCCAGGCACCUCCACAUCCAUGUCCACAUCCACCCCCAUAUCCACCUCCACAUCCACCUCCAUGUCCACUCCAGGCACCUCCACGACCACUACCUGCCCCCAACAGUGCACGUGGACCAAGUGGUUCGAUGUGGACUUCCCAUCUCCUGGGCCCCAUGGCGGAGACGUGGAAACCUACGACAACAUCAUCAGACACGGAGAGAAAGUCUGCCAUAAGCCUGAGGAGAUCAUGCAGCUGGAGUGUCGUGCAGAGAACCACCCAGACGUCAACAUCAAGCAGCUGGGACAGGUGGUGGAAUGCAAUCCCGAUGUGGGACUGGUCUGCCGGAACCAAGACCAGAUGGGAAAGUUCAAGAUGUGUUUCAACUACAAGAUCCGCGUGCUAUGCUGUGAAUAUCAAGACGGCUGCCCACCAACCUCUGUGUCUCCCAACGUGACAUACCCUACCACAGCCACAUCUCCAACAGAAUCCACUUCUGUCACACCAUGGUCCAGCUCCACCUCCAUCUGCUACUGCGUUGUGGCUGACAAGACCUACCCUGCUGGAAGCAUCAUCUACCAGAAGACUGACCUCGAUGGGCACUGUUAUACUGCCCAGUGCACGCAGGACUGCCGCGUGGUCAGGCAUGCCAGUCAUGACUGCCCAUCCACCACGCCGACUCCCACACCGCCAACGUCCUCUUCACCUAGCCCUGAUCACGGGUGCUCACACGUAGUUCCCCCAAAAAAGAAAGGCGAGACCUGGAGCAUGCCCAACUGCACCCAGGCCACCUGUGAGGGUCACAAUGUCAUCACUGUGAUCCCAAAGAAGUGCCCACCCACCAAGGCGCUGACCUGUGCCAACGGGUACCCGUCCGUGAAGGUGGAGGACAAGGAUGGCUGCUGCCCUCAUGAGGAAUGCCAAUGUGUCUGCAGUGGCUGGGGAGACCCCCACUACAUCACCUUUGACGGUACCUACUACACCUUCCUGGACAACUGUACGUAUGUGCUGGUGCAGCAGAUUGUACCCAUCUACGGCCACUUCCGCGUGCUCAUCGACAACUACUUCUGUGAUGCCGAGGAUGGGCUCUCCUGCCCCCGCUCCAUCAUCGUCGAAUACCAGCAGGACCGCAUCGUGCUGACUCGCAGGCCCGGCGGUGUUGGCAUUGCUGCCAAUCAGGUCAUCUUCAACAACAAGCAGGUCCAAGCCGGCUUCAAAAGCAACGGCAUCAUCAUCUCCCAGGUUGGCAUCAAGAUGUAUGUGAACAUCCCCGCCAUCGGCCUGCAGGUCAUGUUCACUGGCCUCAUCUUCUCAGUGGAGGUGCCCUUCAGCAAGUUUGUCAACAAUACCGAGGGCCAGUGUGGUACCUGUACCAAUGACAAGAAGGAUGAAUGUCGUCUUCCCAAUGGGUCUGUGGUCGCCUCCUGCUCUGAGAUGUCUAACCACUGGAGGGUGACCACCCCCGACCAGCCGUCCUGCCAUGGUCCACCCCCGACAUCCAUUCCAAUCACCACAACCAGUAGUACCAAGCCCACCUCAUGCCCGCCAUCACCAAUCUGCCAGUUGAUUCUGAGCGAGGUCUUUGCGCCCUGCCACGGCAUGCUUGCCCCACUACUGUACUACGAAGGCUGUGUAUUCGAUCAGUGCCACAUGACAGACUUCAAUGUGAUAUGCUCCAGCCUGGAGCUGUAUGCCUCGGUCUGCUCAUCCCUAGGCGUGUGCAUCGAUUGGAGGAGUCAUACCAACAACACCUGCCCUUUCAUCUGCCCUGCGGACCAGGUGUACCAGUCCUGUGGCCCACUCAACCCUUCUUCCUGCUAUGGAAGUAACAACACCAGCCUUGCGGUCCUUCAGGAUCCCGGCUUCUCCACGGAGGGCUGCUUCUGCCCGGCUGGCAAGAUGCUGUUCAGCUCAAACUCCACCAUCUGCGUACCCAGUAACUGCUCAUGGUGCCUGGGGCCCAGAGGAGAGCCGAUAGAGCCGGGCCAGAGCAUCAUCAGCAACUGUCAGGAAUGCACAUGUGAGGGCAGCACAGGAACCAUGCGAUGCCACAGCCAGACCUGCCCGGUACCCAAGUGCCCCACACUCGGCCAUGUGCCCGUGCCUGUGCCCCUGCAGACUGACCAAUGCUGUCCCAACUACCACUGCGUCUGCAACACCAGCUACUGCCCCCAGCUCACAUCCUGUCCCAAGGGCUCCCACGCGCUCCCCAUCCACAAGGAAGGAGAAUGCUGUCCCGGCCAGAAGUGCAUUUAUGAUGUCUGUGUGGUCAACGGCAGUUUGUACCUGCCUGGCGCCGUGGUUUCCUCAAGCGUGUGCGAGACAUGUACAUGUCAGGCGGCCGGAGACCCCGAGACGGACCCCUUCGUGGUGGUUUGCGAGACCCAGAUUUGCAAUCGCCACUGCCAGGCGGGCUUCGAGUACCGCGUGCCGAGUGGCCAGUGCUGCGGCAGCUGCGUACAGGUGGCCUGUGUCGUGAACACCAGCGACAGCUCUGUCCACCUCUUCUACCCUGGUGAGACCUGGUCGGAUCCCAGGAACCACUGUGAGACGCACGAGUGUGAGCAACACAGAGAUGGGCUUGUAGUGGUGACAACGAAGAAGGCAUGCCCUCCACUCACCUGCAAACAGGACCAGGCCCGGCUCAGCGAAGAUGGCUGCUGCUUCUACUGCCCACCCCAGAACAAGUCCACCUGUGCCGUGUCCCACAAGCAGGAGGUCAUUCGGGAUAGAGGCUGCAGCUCCACCCAGCCUGUGGUCCUCGCCUACUGCAAGGGCAACUGCGGGGACACUUCCUCAAUGUACUCCUUCGAGGCCAACAUGCUGGAACACCGGUGCCGGUGCUGUCAGGAGCUGAGGACAUCACUGAGGAAUGUGACCCUGAGCUGCUUGGAUGGCUCCACCCGGGCCUUCAGCUACCGCCACAUUGAGGAGUGUGGCUGUGUGGGCCCACGGUGUGAGGCGCCCAGCGACUCCAGCCACUCAGAGCCCAAGCAGAGCGAAGAGGAAGAAAGUCAGGAGAUGAAGAGUGGACACUGGACCAGAGGGCAGGCCUCCGCCUCCCCCGUGCACUGA